AUGCCUCUGCUCUCCUUCUCCCUUAUCCCUCGGGCCGGAUCACCAUCUACGAAACAGCCCUUCGGCGCGAUCGGCAAAACCGAGACUGUGAUGGAUCUGUUACGCCAUUUACCAUGUUUAGAUGGCAAAGGAAUUGGGCAUAUGAUUGCCUAUGAAACUAUUCCAGUGGACUUUACGGUAGACGCUACGGCGUUGAUCGGGAGGAUACCCGAGUUUCCUAUUAUGGGGCAUUGUGUUUAUAUCACAGAUGGGUGUGGGAGAGAGGGGUAUAGGUUGAUUGUCGAUAUUGAGGAGGGCACGACCACAGCCUUUAGCAUCACUGGCUAUGAGUGGCUGAGUGAAUCCUGGGAGUAUCACAAAGACCGGCCGGCAAUCGAUGAAUGGCGCGCCCACCGCACUCUUCCGACUACGGAAUUCUUUGCCGCUUGGACGCAGCGAUAUGAGAAAUUGGUCUGGUUCAUUUCUCCUUGCCCAAACUACCCAGGAGGAGGGUCCUUCCAGACCAGAGCAAACAGUUGGGACGAGCAAGAGGAAAUCUUGCAUCAAGAACUUACCAAAAGGAUUCCUGACUGUUCCGAAGCCGAAGGGAUUGAAGACCCCAAUGAUAGAGCUGAAGACUUUGACAAUCAAGUAUCCUCCGGUAAGUGA